ACGGCAAGCAUGUGUACGUGUUGAGCUUGUUGUUGUUAGCUGUGUAUCUAACUGCUAAAUUUACGCUCUUCUUUAUUCCCGAAGCUUAAACAACACAUUCUUACGUUCAGCUUUUUAACCCGGAGACAUGGAUGUCGGAGAGCUCCUCAACUAUCAGCCUGACAGAGGAGCAAAGCGUCCCAGGGAGGAGGAUGGAGGAGCAGCGGGAGGAGACGAGGACUCCAGAGGAGGGAAGCAGCAGAAAGGGCUGAGCGCCAGGGAGUUGGCCAGGUACCGGGAAGCAGCAGCCGGAGUUGGACUUGAAGGAGGGAUUGAAAUGAGGGACACUGAGGAGCUGACCGGGGACAAGAAGAAGAUCUUGGAGAAACUGAUGGACCAGGAUGAAGAAGAACCUGAGGCCGAGCCGGUAGAUGAGAGUUCAGUGAAGAAAAUGAUCCUGACCUUUGAGAAAAGGUCGUACAAAAAUCAGGAGCUGAGGAUUAAGUUUCCGGACAACCCAGAGAAGUUCAUGGAGUCCGAGCUGGAUCUCAAUGACAUCAUCCAGGAGAUGCAUGUGAUUGCCACCAUGCCAGACCUGUACCACCUGCUGGUGGAGCUUAAUGCCGUCCACUCACUGCUGGGCCUCCUCAGUCAUGAAAACACUGAUGUUGCCAUCGCAGUGGUGGACCUGCUGCAGGAGCUGACGGAUAUCGACACACUCCACGAGAGCGAGGAGGGAGCAGAGGUUCUCAUAGAUGCUCUGUUGGAGGGUCAGGUGGUGGCCUUGCUGGUGCAGAAUAUGGAGCGGCUGGAUGAACAGGUGAAGGAGGAGGCUGAUGGCAUCUAUAACACACUGGCUAUCAUAGAAAAUAUGGCCGAGUUCAGACCGGGCCUGUGCACCGAGGCAGCUCAGCAGGGACUCAUGCAGUGGCUGCUCAAGAGGAUCAAGGCCAAGAUGCCGUUUGAUGCUAACAAGCUGUACUGCAGUGAGAUCCUGGCUAUCUUACUGCAGAACAACGACAAUACCAGAGAGCUAUUGGGAGAGAUGGAUGGCAUUGAUGUGUUACUGCAGCAACUAUCUGUGUUCAAACGUCACAACCCGGCCACAGCCGAGGAGCAGGAGAUGAUGGAGAACCUCUUCGACGCUCUGUGUUCCUGCCUCAUGCUUCCAGCCAAUCGGGACCGCUUUCUCAGAGGGGAAGGCCUUCAGCUGAUGAAUCUCAUGCUGAGAGAAAAGAAAAUGUCUCGGACCAGUGCUCUGAAGGUCCUGGACCAUGGCAUGAUUGGACCAGAGGGAGGAGAUAACUGUCAUAAGUUUGUGGACAUCUUGGGCUUGCGGACCAUCUUUCCACUUUUCAUGAAAACCCCAAAGAAGAUGAAGAAAACUGGUGCUUCAGAGAAGGAGCACGAAGAACACAUCGGCUCCAUCAUCGCCUCCCUGCUGAGAAAUCUUAAGUCCCAACAGAGAAGCAGACUCCUCAACAAGUUUACAGAGAACGACUGUGAGAAGGUUGAUCGACUGAUGGAGUUGCAUUUUAAGUACCUGGAGGCUGUUCAACAGGCUGACAAGAGGAUCGAAGGAGAGAAACACGAGAUGGUUCGCCGGGGAGAGAUCCUCGAUGACAGCAUGGAGGACGAGUUCUACCUCCGUCGCCUGGACGCCGGACUGUUUGUCCUUCAGUUGAUCUGUUAUAUUAUGGUGGAGAUCAGCAACUCAGGGAUAUCACAGCUGCAGCAGAGGGUCCAUCAGAUUCUCAACCUGAGAGGAGGCUCUGUCAAAGUAGUGCGACACAUCAUGAGAGAGUACGCAGAGAGCAUCGGAGACGGGAAGAGUGACGAGUUCAAAGAGGCCGAGCGCAAGAGGAUCAUGGACCUUGUUGACAACUUCUAAUCUCACUCUCUUUCUCUCUCUCUUUCUCACUCGCGCGUUCUCUCUCUCGCUCUGUCUCUCUCGUUCUCUCUUUCUCAUUCUCUUUCUCAUUCUCUCUUGCGCUCUCUCUCUCUUUCUCUCUCUUUCUCUCUCUCUCUCUCUCUUUCUCUCUCACACACACACACACACACACACACACACACACACACACACACACACACACACACACAAACAAUAUAUUCUUACACUUGGAAACAGUUGAACCCAGCUGGUCUGAUCUGGGACUGAUGGUGACCUUGAGCCGGUCUAAGAACUAAAGUGGUCUUCUCUAACAAACUGAAGUCUUUUUGGUCUGUUUACAUGCACAGCAAUACUGCUAGGAGCUAGACCCCGAUUCCAAAAAAAAUGGGACAUUGUCUUAAAUGUAAAUAAAAUAACAAUAAUUUGCUAAUCAUUGUUUAUCAAUAAUAAAAACUGCACAAACACAGUAUAUUUUAUGUUCAAACUGAUAUUUGAUGUAUUCUGUUUUUAUUUACACAGUGUCCCAUCUUUUUUGGAAUCGGGUUUGUACAUUUAUUUUCUUGGUUGAAAGAAAUAUAAUUGUUUUAAUCUGGUUUAUCUUGCCUGCAUCUUUGCCAUCUGAUGUAGGAGAAAAAAAUACAUUAUUUGUAAUGAUUUGUAUAUUUAAUUAACUAAAUCUAAUUGUUUAAAAUGAAGUGGUUGCUGUGCAUGUAAAUCUGCUGUUGCUGAACUGAAACACACAGCAAACAUGAGAUUACAGCUACAGUAGCUGUUUACUUUCUGUCCCGCGGUGUUAAACACUGCAGAAUGAUUACGGACAGACGGAUCUGCAAACUUAAUAUCUGUCCCACUUAACCUGCUUUGUUUGUUUUUGGAUUUCCGUGUAAAAUAUUUUCUAAUAAAACAUUUGGUAAUAAAAA